CAUGCGCAUUCACAAAUUUUCGAACUGAUUUUGUGGUUAUGUUGUCCAAAAUUGUCGAAUUGUUUUGAUCUGUUUUCAAAAUUCGAGUGCGAAAUGAGCACUAUUUUAACCGAUUUAACAUCUGCAUUAGAAGCAAAUAACGAGAAGGACAUAAUCGAGAAGUUGAGGCGCAUUGUGGCUCAGGGCGAAGACAUCGAACUACAAAACAAUAAUAUUUUGAAACGUCUUAUUACAUUAAAUAACGAGAAAAUAACACAAGCCUUUGUGGAAGUAGCGGCGGAAUUAUCAAAGCAGGAACGCAACCGAAAGUUUUUUACUGACAAGGAAGUCAUCGAGUACCUUUUGAAUUUAUUAGAUAAGCCCGAGGAGUCUUUGGUGAUCGGCGCAAUAAGAGCACUGGGCAAUAUUUGCUACGAAAAUGACGACGCGCGGAGAAUUAUCGACAAACAGGGGCUGGCCACCGUCAUAUCAAUCCUCGCGAAAGACAACAACAGGAAAAAUAAUUUACUCACCUUGAAAGUUAGCGGGUUUCUCGUCAAUUUGUUGAUGUCGAACGAUGAUCUACAAAAAGCUGCCCUCAAAUUCAACAUCGUUGAUGUGAUCGAAAAACUGUUAAAUAAAUACUUGAAGUCGUUCAAUGAAAAUCAGAUGCUUUUUGCGUUCCUUUUGACGAUUCUAAACCAUGUGAUUGACUACAUUGAUGACCAGAAUAUUCCCUUCACGGAAAGCCUUUGCUGUACGAUUAUAGACAUUUUCAAGCUUUCCACAACACCCGAAAUUUCCGUUUUGUGUUUAGAAAUAUUGCAUGGACAGUCAGAGAAAGAGGACAUUAAAACAAUUCUGGCGAAAAAAGGCAUCUGUGAGCUGGUUUUUGAACUAGUUGAGAAGUACCGAAGCCAAGUCAAUGAUGAAGAAAGCCGAUCCGUUAUGAAAAUGGCUUGUGAUAUAAUUGUAAUUAUCUUAACUGGAGAUGAUUGUAUGAAUUUGUUAUACAACAACGGCCAAGGGAAGGUGUACGAAAAUAUGGUCACUUGGCUUGAUUCAGAUGAUCCAGAUUUACUAAGUACAGGUGUUUUGGCAAUUGGAAAUUUUGCCAGGAAAGACACCCACUGUAUUCAAAUGGUCCAGAAAGGCAUUUCGAAAAAACUCAUAGCUUUAUUGGCCAAAUACAACACGCGUGAAAGUGAUAUCAAAGUGCAGCAUGCCUUACUAAGCACCCUUAAAAACCUGGUGAUACCUCAACAAAACAAACGCAUCGUUUUGGAAGAGGGCUUGAUCGAGGUGAUUUACCCCAUGAUCAAUUUGGAGCAGUAUUUGGUCAUUUUCAAACUGCUGGGGACUUUCAGAAUGGUCAUUGAUGGCCAAGAAAAAGCAGCGUUGGAUUUAAUUUCGCGUAAGGAAUUUUUAGAGAAGUUAAUCUACUGGUGCUAUAACUCGGACCAUUUGGGGGUCCGUGGCGAGAUUCCUCGGUUACUAUCAUGGUUAAUAAAACACUGUCACUCCUUUAAGCCCUUUCAUGCCUUACUACAGGUCAGAGAUAGUGUGAAAUGUCUGGUAGAGAUGAUGUCCUCCAAUCACGCGGUCAUGCAAAACGAGUCCUUUUACGCCUUGAAUUUGCUGUGUAUAGGCUGCGGGGUGUCGCACGAAAACGACAGUUCCAAUGGGGUAAACGGUGAUCACGCGAAUGAGGACGGAGUUUUGUUUGAGCAACUGAUUGAUGCCGAGAUUGGUAAAAAUCUCAGUUUUGUUGUCAAUAAAUAUAGUGAUAAGAUGGAUAAGCAAACGAUUGAGAAUUUAGUAACGCUGCUUGAGCAGUUGAUCAACUCAAGGGCUGUUUCAAGUCACCUCAAGUCGAACAACGUUGGGGAAGCACUGGCGAAACUUGCGUCAAAUUCCAACGCGCAAAGUCUCUCUGAUAAAUUGAAUCACGUCAUGAGCGAAAUUAAUAAAAACUGAGUGAUCCAACGUGUAUAGAACUUUAGAUUCCUUACUAGGUAUUAAAAUAGUUACUAUUUUCCAUUAUCGUACAAUUUUGAUGUAUUACGAAUAGUUGCCUUUAAUGCAUGUGUUAAAGUGAUUUUAAUAUGUUUAUCCUCGAUCCAGCUUAUGAAAAAUCGCUUUCAUAGCGUUUUAACUUUGAAUAGUCUUAUGAAGCACGUCAAAUUUUAGCGUUGUUUAAGGUUCAUCCGUGUGUUUCUCUCGCAAAAACGUAAGAUAUUUUUUAGACAAGUCGAUUUUACCGGGUUGUGAACCCCACUUCCAAUAGGUUGUAGAAAGUAUUUGGACAUUAUGGCUGCGUAAAAUUAUUUUGAAAUUAGUUGAUACUUAAUUUUAUUUAUUCAGUACAGUUUAGAUGUCACUACAAUCAUAAUUACUAGCGUACAAAUAAUUUAUUUCAAUUACUUAUAUCUAAAUUGGCUUGUGUGAAACAGACAAGUUGUAGAAAAAAAUCACAUUUUAGUGUCUUUAAACAUCACUUCAUGUUUUUACACAAAAUAUAAUUGUUCCACAAAAAUAAUAAUAAACUUGCAUUACGAAACC